AUCUCCUGGAUCGGGACCUUAAGGGCCGAAAUAGUACGCAAAUUAACGAAGGAAACUAAUUACAGUAUCAUUUGGGACAAUGGGUCAAGUCGGAUCACCCCAUUUGUAGAACUGACGUCCGGAAAGUAAAUAGACAAUCACAAUUUAACGUUUGAAACUUGAGUACAACGUCACAAAGAGCAAGUUCCCGAUUCUGGGAGAAAGGAAAGGACAUCAAGAUAAUCCGAAGCAACUGCUGAAGGAAAGUAGAUCAAUCUCACACUUUUGGCAGGAGAGCUGAGGAAGAGGGCCAAGACAUCAUUGUGAAGGGACUGAAGAAAGAGAGAAAGAAAAAGAGAUUUAAAAAGUCUUUCUGCAAUCAAGAGCAACAACUCAAGAACUUGACAAGAAACAAAAUCACUGCUCGAAUGGUUUGAUGGGGAACUGGUCGGAUGACAGCUGGAACUGUUGUUAUCACUGGUGGAAUACUAGCAACAGUGAUACUACUUUGUAUCAUAGGUGUGCUCUGUUACUGUAGACUCCAGUAUUAUUGUUGCAAGAAGGACGAAUCAGACGAUGAGGAGGAAGUCUCAGAUUUGUACUCUCACCCGCGCUUUGCUUGCAACACCUGCAACGCACACUCCGUGGACGGAUUGCUCACUCAGCUGCCCGCGCCAGUGGAGGCGAGCCAGGAGGCCGCGAGGGGUUCAUGCCCUGACUGCUCCCCCUUUUACAUCCGGACCGCCGAGGAGAUGCGCAACGGAGGCGAACGCGUCUCCUACAUCCCGGCCCGCUACAAGGAGCCGGGGCCACCCUUCAAAAUGUCCUCGCUCCAGGGUUUCCCGGUGAGCCACCAGAACACGGUGCGGGAGACACUUGCAAGCGUCAGGGCGAUAAGCACCGAGGUGUGAA